AAAUAGUAACAAAAUGAAACUGGAAAUAAUCAAUUUUCCAUUAUCCGGUAUUGUUGUUUGUUUGUUUGUUCUGUUUGGAAAUGCUGCUGUAGAUCUUAUACCAUGUGAUAAAACGAGAAGAGUGUUUACUAGCUCUUGGGGGGUGAUAACUGACGGUCCUAUUGGUUCCAAUUAUACUCAAGACAGUCAUUGUGAAUGGCUAAUAAAAGCGAACAGCACCAACAAGUUCAUUACUUUGAGUUUCCAAAGUAUGGGAACAGAAUGUUCCUAUGAUUAUGUAUUUGUUUAUGAUGGAGAUUCAUUCAAGUCACCACUGUUGGGAAGCUUCAGUGGAAAAACAGAACCACAGCAAGUGAUAGCUUCAUCUGGAUAUAUGCUGAUUCUGUUGUACAGUGACACAAAUUAUGUUUUGGAUGGCUUCCGCGCUGAGUUUUCUAUAACUGAUUGUCCAAAUAACUGCUCAAAAACUCAAGGACACUGUUUUAAAAAUCGCUGUGUUUGUGAAAGUGGAUGGGGUGGACAAGAUUGCUCAAAGAAACUCUGCCCUGAGGAUUGUGGAUUUACCCAUGGGAGAGGAAGAUGUGAAGAUACAUGUAUUUGCAAUCCUGGAUUUUCUGGACAGGCAUGCAGUUUAAGUGAUGAAGAUGUGUUGGGUAACAAAUGGCACUGGUUGUCUCACUCUGAAGGAGGUCUCACAAAAAGAGCAGCUCAUACUGCUGUUUACGUGGAUCAAACUGAUUCUCUCUAUGUAUUUGGUGGAUAUAACUUAAAUAAAAUUUUGGGAGAUUUAGAAAUAUAUGAUUUUAAAAAUAGCUCAUGGAUUGAUGAGAAUGGCCAUCCACUACCACAUAUCAGUUUGUUAAACUUUGUAGACCCAGCAUCUGUGGCAAAGUUGAUUGAACAUGCAGGAAGACCAUGGGAAAAGAAAUGGGGUAUAAACUCUAAAAACUCAUUCUUCAGAAAUCUAUUGUACAUAAGUGAAAAUUCAAAUGUGACUAAAAGAAUACAAAGGCAUUCACAAAAACCUCAACACCAGAAACCUCUACCUAGGUAUGGCCAUUCUGCUUGCAAAGUUGAAUUAGGUUUUGUAAUUUUUGGGGGAAAAUUGGAUAACGGUAGUUUAUCGAACGAGCUUUGGCUCUAUAACGCAUUUACAAUGAAAUGGGAACUCAGAAGUUUGCAAUCAAAAAUCCGACCGCCGAAAUUGACUCGGCAUACAUUAACUGCUGCAGCUGACGAUGAGAUAUUUCUGUUUGGCGGAAGUACGGAAGACGGAGAGUUUUCCUCCAAGCUAUUUAAAAUACAUUUAGAGGACGAUCUCUCCGAGAAUUGGAUAGAAGUUAAAUCACGAGGAGGCAAGGAGUUAGAUGUUCGCGUAGUUGCGCAUUCGACUGUUUACCAUUCGGUAACUAAUUCAUUAUUGGUUUAUGGCGGUAUAGUGGCUGGAGUCGCAAGAUUUUCUAAAUUAUCGGAUCGUAUGUUUGCAUUCCAAUUAGAUAGCAGACAUUGGUCUGAGAUUCAUUAUACCAGAGAAUAUUUAAGAGAUAGAUUCGUGCCGCGCGAACGUGCUUUUCACACCGCUAACAUCCUUGGAAACUAUUUGAUCGUCUUCGGUGGUUACUCGCACAGACACAACAAAGAAGAAAUAUGCUACGACAACCAAAUGUAUUUAUAUCACUUAGGAUGCCAUACAUGGGUCAAUCCAGAAAUUUUGGGACGAUCAAACGAUUCGCGUUAUCCGAAGCAACAAGGCGUGUUCGCUCACGCAGCUACUGUCCGAAAUGGAAACACUUUACUCCUAGUUGGUGGCUAUCAUGGUAACGUCAAUGGUGAUCUAUUGGCCUAUACAGUUCCACCCAUGGUCGCCGUAAAGGCAGGAGAAAAUUACGAACCAGAAGCAGCUUGCCCUAGGCACAGAAAUUAUGCUGAAUGCUCUGCGGACCCAGAAUGCGGUUGGUGUUCUGCAGAUGAAUUAUGCUACGGACGAACGGUGGGUGCGAAUUGCACUACCAAUUUACAGACGACACGGUGUCCUGGAGUCUGUCCCGCUCUGGGAGAUUGCCAUUCCUGUUUAAUUCACGGUCACAAUAAUGGUAAUGCUAAUGUAAAGUCUGCAGCUCAUAAGCUUGGACUCGCUGAAUGCACUUGGUGCGUGCAGAAUGCCAGAUGUCACCACAAGGAUGAUAAUUAUGGUGUGUGCGGAUCUCGAGAGGAUAGUCCUAGCCAAAUGCCUGGCUGGUGGGGUGUCAAAGGGACCGAGGUGUUGAGACCCCAAGAAUGCAGGGAAUUGGACAAAAGACCUGGAUUAACUUUCGUUAAAUACUUCCAUCCGGUUAAUUUCACGCAGCCCGACCAUGUAGCCAUCAUAAAUGCAACUACAGUGGAUUUCAACAGUCCAGCGAAUCCACUUUUGCGAACAGAUUCCGGUGGGAAAAUGGUAGCUCGUCUUUUGGGAUUUCUGAGACCGCCGCCGCAAUGGCAGGAGAUGUUAAAAGUCUGCAUAAGUUUUUGCAGCGCUACACUGAGAAUCGGAGAGAACCAAUUGUCUAAUUUAACGGCAGAGCAGAAAAGAUGCGAGCCACAGCACUGGCCGAAACAAGAGAUUUCCAAUAGGGUUUCGAUCGAUUUCGAAUCGCACAAAGUCGUUAGCUUCGCUUAUCAUUCCCAUCAUUCACAAAGUAAAAUGGAAUUGCAACAUUACAAGGGCCAGGAGAAGGCAAAGGUUUUUACUUUUGAAUAUUUAGAGCCUUUUGCAAAUGGAAGCUGUAGUCAAUACAGGAACUGCUUGCAUUGCUUGACGGACUCGCAUUGCGGAUGGUGCGAUGCUAGUAAUAUUUGCGUAUCUCGUUUGGAAGAUGAAAGUAUCACUUGCGUAGCGGAAGACGGCGAUUGGAGAUACCUAACAAUCCAACCAAGUGCAUGUUCGAAUUGUUCCAAUUACAUUUCCUGCGAAAGCUGCUUGAAUUCAGGACUGUGCGAAUGGUGGGUGGAAGAUGCUAGGUGCACCAGGCGCGGUUUAUCCAGUGAAUCGGCCGUUUCUUUGGAACAAUGUCCAAUGCCAUGUCACAAAAGGGCCAAUUGCAGCGCCUGCUUGGAACAAAAAGGACGGUGCGUUUGGUGCGAGGCAACAGAGCAAUGUUUCAGCUUCUCCGUGUACACCAGUGAAUACCAAUUCGGAUUGUGCAGGGAAUGGUUGGAUCAGGCAUUUCCUAUGGUUCCGCAAGAUCACAACAUAAUAGCCUCUGCCAGGCCGCAUGAACAAUGCAAAUCCUGUUCUCAUCACACCAAUUGUUCCACGUGUCUGAGUUCAUUGAAUUGCGGAUGGUGUUAUAAUUCUUCCAACCCGAUUUCCGGGAAAUGCGUACAGGGUGAUUUCAACAAUCCACGCGGAAAUUGUUCUAUCGCAAUAGAGACUCCGAACGCAAAAUGGGCCUAUGCUCAAUGCCCAGAUGUGGAUGAAUGCGGCCUCGGUCUGCACGACUGCCACAAGGAAGCAAUUUGCACGAAUACCGAUGGUUCUUUUAGUUGUCAAUGUCGCAGGGGAUAUAUAGGCGAUGGACGAAAAUCUUGCGUUAGAACAUGUUACAAUGUUUGUGUGCACGGGACAUGCCAAGGGGAACCCAACUAUUCUUGCAAAUGUGAUCUGGGAUGGACGGGAGAUGAUUGUUCUAUCAAUUGCGGUUGUAAUAAUCAUUCCAAUUGUCCGGAAGAUGUUGGCAUCUGCGAGGAAUGUCAGAAUUGGACGGAAGGAGAAUUUUGCGAGUUUUGUAAAGCGGGCAGCUUUGGAAAUGCGACUACUGAACAAGGAUGCAAGCAAUGCGAAUGCAAUGGUCACGGAAAUGAGAGCGAGGGCGACUGUGACAUUAUAACUGGUGUCUGUUAUUGCAAAGAUAACACGGAAGGUAAUCAAUGCGAGAGAUGCAAAUUGAAUUACUACGGUGACCCCAGGGGUGGCCGACAAUGCUAUUAUCAAUGUGAAGCAAGAGGUAUGUUGAUUGGAUCAAACGGGCAAGGAAUCAGCUCAAGACAAUCUUACAGUGCCCCUUGGGGCGGUCCUCCAACCAGGGAAUGCCUAUGGAUCAUUAAUCCUAUAAUUGAGUCUGGAUCAGCUAUUAUUCAAUUACAAAUGAACUCGACGGAUCUGAAUGUUACUUGUGGUGAAAAUGCAGUUUACGUGUAUGACGGACUACCGGAACUAGUCGAUAUGGGUAGUCAGAGUGCGUUAUCCGCUGUAUUUUGCAACGAGGAAGCAUUACCUUCAGCAAUUGUCGAAUCAAGAACAGGUCAAUUAACUGUUCAUUAUAAACAAGGACUGCUGGGCGAGGGUUUCAGUGCAAUGUACUUCGUUAUUGAAUGCGAAAAUUGCGUUCAUCCGAGGAUCUGCAAAAACGGUUUAUGCAUAUGCAAAGACGGAUUCGUUGGACCGCACUGUGACAUUGAAGUGUGUCCGAAGAACUGCAGCGCCAGCAAAGGUCAUGGAAAAUGCGAUAAAUCUUAUGGUAGAUGCUUGUGCGAGGAGAAUUGGGGUGGACGUGCGUGCGACAAAAGGCUUACAGGAAAUCAGUUAGUAUUUGCUGAACUAUUCAAUACCGUCAAUUUAGUGGAUCACUUGGAGCAUCUUCGUAAGACUUUACCGCGAUUCGGGCAUUCUUUGGUGUCCGAUCGCCGCGGCGCACUUUGGAUGUUCGGCGGCUAUUCUUUAUCGCAUGGACCUUUAAACGAUAUACGACUAUUUGAUACAAGGAACAGUACAUGGAUGCAAGUUACUGUUGAUUCCACUCCUGAUGCGAAGAUGCCACUGGGUAGAUACUUCCAUGGCGCAGACAUUGUACACUCCAAACAAGCCAUUUUUGUGUUUGGUGGCUUAACAAAACAAACGAAAUCUGUGAAUAUCAGAACACUUGACGAUUUCUGGCAAUUUGAUAUACACAAUCAACGAUGGAACGAGAUCGGACGCGAAAAGGCGGAUAGCUGGCCGUUUGCAGUUUCCGGACACACCCUGACUUCAUAUAGAAAUUCUUCCUUAGACAGCUUAAUUCUUAUUGGAGGUGUAUCACCACAACAUGGUUUUAUGAAUUAUGUGUGGGAGUUUAGAUUAGAUGGAUUUCAAUGGCAUAAAUGGGAUACUAGAGGGGCAGGACCUCUUGGUAUAUUUGGACACACAACUGUAUUCCAUGCACCAUCCAAGAGUUUGUACGUGUUUGGUGGAUAUAGAUACGAAAAGCAGGAAGCUAUAUUUUCAGAUAUACUUUACGUAUUAAAUUACGACACUAAAACUUGGACGAAUCUAAAUUCCUUUACAUCAUCGGUAUUGCCAGGAAAACGAUUUCUACACUCUUCAGUGACUACAGAUUCACAUUUAUACGUGCUUGGUGGAAGAAUUUCUCCGUGGAACAUAUCUGAUACACUCUAUGCGUACUCAUACAAUUGUAAUCAGUGGAUAAAUUUGAUUACUGAUGGUGUUGAUAAGAUCGGUCCAUUGCCUGGCCAAACCUAUGCCCAGGCAAUGACAGUAGAGCCAGACGGAAAUGCUGCAUAUAUAAUAGGAGGAUGGGGCAGUGACGUGCAAUGCUCCGUUUUACGUUUGGAAUUGCCUCGGGAUCUUUGCGCCCUGUGGCCGAAUAGAGACUGUCUGAAAGUACCUGAUUGCGCAUAUUGUGCAUUGAAAUAUGAUGUAAAAACCGUUUCUGAAACUUGCCAUAGUCAUAAAACAAAAUGCCCCUUUCCGGAUAUAGUAAAUCGUAAUUAUACAAAACAUGAAAACCAAGGAAGAGUUUGCGAUGGGCCGAUCGUAACGGACAAUUGUACAGUAUUAUAUGAUUGCUCAACGUGUACCCAAGUGACUGGAUGCCAGUGGUGUGAUAAUUUAUGCGUUGGAAACAAAACUUGCUCAGGAAAAUCAAUCACUCAACCAACACAGUGUCCAUAUAACACAUGUGUUGCCACUGAUUGCAUCCAGUGUCAUCAGAUCCCAGGCUGUGAUUGGAGUUACACCAAGCAAAAAUGCAUACAAUUAUUUAAUUCCCAAGAACAAAAUGCAAUUAACACUUGUGCGCCAUCCUGUACCCAUUAUAAAUCUUGCAGCGAAUGUCUGGAUGCUUCAGAUUGCCGCUGGUCAACGCAAUUGGAUGAGUGCAUUUCAGCGUCGUACCAGCAAUUGUACUGUGCUGGUGGAGUCUGUGGUCUGGUGUUGCAAACAGACGAUCGAGAAUUUUGUCCAGAGCCGUGCUCCGUUUUUUCGCAAUGUGCGACAUGCUUAAGACAUGCCAAUUGCGGAUGGUGUGCUGCUCCUGAUAACAACGGUACAGGUUUAUGCACAGAAGGAUCAAGCGAACGACCUAUGCAUGGAACAUGCGACGAUGUAGUCUAUCAGACUGAUUACGAAUUGCCGUCUAAUACCAGUUACUCUUGGUUUUACGUUAAAUGCCCUCCGGAAAAUGAAUGUCUGAACGAUCAUCAUAGCUGUAAUCCCAUUUCCGAGAGGUGCGAAGAUUUAGAAGAGGGUUACAAAUGUGUAUGUGGCUCAGGCUACAAAACUAGUCCAAACGGCUGUGAACCAGUAUGUGCACAAGGUUGUGUCAGAGGACAGUGCAUUGAGCCAAAUAAAUGCAAAUGCGAUUUCGGUUACGUUGGGGCUAACUGCAGCAUUCAAUGUCAAUGCAAUGGACAUGCAAACUGCGAGGGUCCGGACAAAUUGGAUCAAUGUCUGAAAUGUCAUAAUAAUACGAUGGGAACGCAAUGCGAGAAAUGUUUGCCGCUGUUUGUAGGUGAUCCAUCUGAUAGUGGGCAAUGCAUUCCAUGCGAACAGUACUGCAACGGACACAGCAAAAUAUGCUUAAGUGAAAACUCUACGGAACACGAUCCUCCAGAAAAUAUGGAUAUUGAGGAAGUACGAAAAUACCUGAAAGAAGGUCCAAAAGGUAUUGCUCGAUGUUUGCGAUGCGGUAGUCGUACAUCGGGAACAAGAUGCGAUGAAUGCAUAGCAGGUAAUUUUAGAGGAUCGGAAGACCAUAGAGAUCCGUGUCGUCCGUGCGAUUGCCAUGGACACGGAGAUACAUGUGAUCCAGUUACUGGUGAGAAAUGCAAUUGCAAAAAUAACACUGAAAGCGAUAUUUGCCCCUCCGGUGCUUCUGGUAAGAAUUCUGCAACCCCUUGUUACAUGGUGCAAUGUUCAAAAUGCAAAGAAGGGUAUUCGGGAAUACCGACCGCUGGUCAUCAGUGUUAUAAGGUAAUGAGCAUGGACUUAAAAAUGUGUUUCGAUGCGAAGCUAAUUGAUGAGUGUAAAAUGAAACCGAAACCUUUACAUCCAGGAGAGAUGGUAUUCUUUGCAAUACAACCGAGAUACAUGAAUGUCGAUAUAAGAGUAAUAAUCGAUGUGACGCAAGGGAAAUUGAAUGUCUUCAUGAGUACGCACGAUGACACGUACAUUGUAUUCCAAAAUCAAUCGACUGGCGUGCAUGAGAUUGAUUUGGAUCCGAAGUAUUCUCACAUAAAUAAUGGAACGGACGAUGUGUAUUUAGAAAAAUCAGCAAACGGUCUUAGGACGUACAUCACAGUCAAAGAGACGAAAACAAUGCUUGCAGUGAAGGGAUUGAAAGAUCGUCUUGUAAUCACACUACCUGAAGAAUCUCAUAGUUUAGAAUCCACUCGUUUCUAUCUGGUCUUGCAAGCGGUGGAUCCACCGGAAACUGAUAAGAAGGUCGCGUACGGAAUUGUCUUCUUCAAACAAGAUCAAUUGCACAUAGAUCUGUUCGUAUUUUUCUCUGUUUUCUUUUCGUGCUUUUUCUUGUUCUUGGCUGCAUGCGUGGUCGCGUGGAAAGCUAAACAAGCGGCAGAUGUCCGGAGGGCACACCGAAGACACGUCGUUGAAAUGCUGCAUAUGGCCAAGAGGCCUUUUGCAAGCGUCACCUUAAAUCUUGGCCAAAGAACAAAACCGAGAAGGAAUGCACACUACGAUCUAAGACCGGUUGCAGUCGAACCGACAGGGGACAGUUUGGCAGCUGUAGCAACUAUAUUCAUAACUCUACCGGGCGGACAAAAUACCCCAGUCAAAUUAGCUUUAGCCUCUUCUUUGAUAUUGUUAGCCAGACAAUUCCCACCAGGUGGUAGAGCAUUCUUAAGAAGACGAUCAACUCAUGCAGUCCCGCCCACCUAGAAUAUACUCUACCAAAUGUGGAUACUACAAACACUCUCUAAUCAGAUCUACUCAAUAAUAUGUACCUACGUGUUUUAUAUGUUAUAGAUAUAUGU